CCCCAAGCGAGCGCCGAGCGGAUUUUACUCUGCUGGAGCCCGCUUAGCGUCCACCACCACCUCGUCUCGCUCAAUGACUCCCAUCAACUCAACCCAAGGGGAAACAUAGCUUGCACACCGCCCAACUGAGCGCCCCAAGAUUCAAUAGGAGGUAGAACGGAGGCUCUGGCGCUGGCUGAUUUGAAGUCUCACAUCCGAUCUUGACAGGCCGGGGUCGUUAAGCGCUGCAACACCUUUCCCAACCUGGGAAGGACAGUCAGUCAUGGCCAAUUCCACCAUCCCCUGUCCGGAAUUCACAUUCACCUCCCACCCCUCCGUGUCGUCAUUCGCGGUGCCAUUCCAGACAUACAUCGCCGACCAGGCCACAAUCUCGGGGAGCCUAGACUACCAAUACGUCGCCGUGGGCGCCCAUGUCUUUUCUCGACGCCCCACCGCGACCGAUACCGCCGGCCCCGCUCAUACCGACGACAACAACGACAACGGAAGCAAUGACCUCCGGGUCCUCCUCAUCCAGCGCGCGGCCCACGACUCGGCGCCUCUUCGCUGGGAGGUGCCGGGCGGCGCGAGCGACCUCGAAGACGCCAGCAUCCUGCACUCCGUCGCUCGGGAGCUGUGGGAAGAAGCCGGGUUGGUGGCGACAGCCAUCGGACCACUCGUGGGCCAGGGCCACGUCUUUCUCACGCGAAGUGGGAAGCGAGUGUGUAAGUUUGAGUUUCUCGUGGAGGUGGAGGGAGGCGAUGCGUUUCCUGCUGGCCCGGCCCAGGUAAGGCUAGAUCCGAACGAGCAUGUGGAUUAUGUAUGGGCAACAGAGCAAGAGUGCAGGGAUGGCAGGACCAAUGUAGAGAAUGUUGAGUUGUCAUUUACGACGUGGCAGCAGAAGGCGACUUUGCUUGAAGCAUUCAAGGUCCGAAAGGAAUUGCACGGGUCGACGAUACAGUCGUGACGCUGAUCAUCAACAAGAACGAGGCUGGGCGAGGACAAGGUAGGAAUUUACAGCCAUAAAUCGAUCAGAGCAUCCUGGUCUCAUCAAUACCUGUUAUCACAUUAUUACAUGCC